CCACAGGGUUCCGGUUGUGGGCUGGCCUGGGUUACUGGGUUUUAAAUAAUCCUAAUCCAUCUUUGGCCUGUGUGGUGUAAGUGAAGACCUGUCCAGGCUGCCUCAAGUUGCAUCUUCAACCUGGCCCCAGUGCACUUCGCAAGUGGCUCUGAAGUGAGUGAAAUAGGAUAAAUUCCCUUGACUCAGGAAAAGGCAGGCGCAAAGAAUUGAUUCCAAGAUGAUUAAGAAUAAUGUUACCGACCAUAAACUAAAUGUGGAAGCCAUAAUUAAAAAUAUUAACACAAUUUCUUUGGAGCUAAAAAAAAUGAAUGAACUCUCCCAGUUACUGCUUUGUGACCUUACCCUACAUUUCAGUCAUCCCAUGAAGACAGAUGACUUAAAAGAAACAGAGGGAAACAGCCCCCACUUUGAAGAGUCUAAAAUGCCAGAUGUAUCCCUUGCUUCUGAUAGCUUUUUAAUCUGAUUUUUUAUUUAUUUGUUGUAAAUUUGUGACUUUUUAUUGUUGAAUUAACCCAUUUAUAGGAGAAUUGAGUUUACUAAUAUAUUCAAUUAAAAAAAUAAAAAAUGUGUUGAAUUGUAAAUAAUCAUUUCAUGCUUUGGUAGGCUUCUCUUGUUUUAAUGUUCCAAGAAAUGGCUAAUUUAUUUCACCAAUAGCAAGAGUAUUACAUAGGAAGUUGGUCAUGGAGUGCUGCUCAUCCCAUCCUCUAUGCUUGAAUUUGGCUUAGGUUGAAAGAGAGUUACUAAAUUAUAAAUGUAUGGUAUAGAUUUAUUUAAUCAGGUGUCUCCUGGUAGCAAGUGUCAGAAACAACUCAAACUAGCUGAAUCAUUUAUUAGGUCAUGUGCCUUGAAAGUUCAUGGCUGGGAUAGAGUUCAGGGCCUUCACUAAUUCAUCAGAUAUCUCUGCCCUGGUUCUGUUUCUGUGCACUGGUCUACAUCCUUUCCUAUUAAACUCAUCACUUCCAUGUAACAGGUAGAGGAGAGUAGAGGUAUGGUGGGUCUACAGCAUUAUCUUUUGGAGACCCCAGAGGAAAGAGAGAUCCUCUGUCUUAGCCUCUGUGUUUAACAAUCCAGAGAAGGGUCUUGACUAGGCCAGCUUCAAUUAAGAUGGGUUCUAAGCAACUAUGUUUGGUGAGGCUGGGAUUUAUGCCAGGUCAGUGGAAAAGGAGCAGGCAUCCUGUUCAGUCACUCAGCUGUGUCCAACUCUUUGCGACCCCCAUGGACUGUAGCUCA